AUGACAACGAGCAGCAGUGCGAAGUUGAAAUUCAACAAGAGUAUCAUUAGCUCUCCAAAGGACACCAUUUCCUUGAAGGAGUUGUUAGAGAGAUUAGAUACUCUUUCUACUGAACUUUCCAAGGUCGACCAGGAUAGGUUCAAUGUCAAGUCUUUGGAUAAGAUCAAAGAUGAUCUAGUGAAUAAGAAGUUGCUUCAUCACAAGGACAACGGAGUUCAGUCGCUCGUUGCUUGCUGCAUCUCUGAUAUCCUAAGGAUCUAUGCACCAGUUGCCCCUUACACGGAUACUGAGCUCAAAGACAUCUUUAAGUUAUUCAUCAAGAUGUUCAAGAAGUUGGCCAAUCCUGAAAACGGUUACUAUACUCAGCAAGUGUACUUGAUUACCAGAGUAGCGGAGGUGAGAAGCAUUAUCCUCACCACUGAUCUCGAGGAUGGCCCUUCUCUCAUUGAAUCAAUAUUCGAGCUGUUUUAUGACCAGUCGAACACUUUUAACAAAAAAUUGGAACCUAUAAUUUCUGACAUUAUGAUUGAUAUAUUCUCUGAGUGGGAUCAGAUCACGACCCCCGUGUUGAAGCUCAUCUUGAACAAGUUUUUAACAGCUUCUAAGAACGCAGGUGCUGUCACUUCAAGCUUGACGUCUUCCGCUGCCCAAACUUUCAACUUUACACUCAACAUUUGUAAUGCAAACCCAGACAGACUGACCAGACAACUGACAAAGUUCUUCUCUGAGACCAUAUAUGAAAGUGUGGAUGAAGGGCCUGAGAUUGAUUACAAAAAGCUGACAAAGUUGCACAACCUGGUUGUUCAGAUUUGGAAGAAUGUUCCUGAGAUCUUGGGUUCUUUGAUGGGUCUGAUGGAUGAUGAGCUCAAUGCGGAUAAUGAGAAGUAUCGCGCACUUGCAACUGAAGCCAUUGGCAAGAUAUUGGCUUCUCAAGCUCGUAUCAACUUUGUACAGGUUCACAAAGAGACAUGGAACAACUGGAUGAAGAAGACACUGGAUAUAUCUCCCUUGGUUCGUAUCACAUGGGCUGAGGAGGCUUCUGCCAUAUUGAGUGAAAGGGCAGAUAUUCUAACAGAGGUCUCUAAUGGGUUGUCUAAGACCUUAAUCGAUACUGACGAACGUGUAAGACUUGCAACCAUUAAAGGCCUUUCAAAAGUACCUGCUGAUGUUUUAGUCAGAAAGGUCAACAGUAAGACAAUAUUGAACAGCUUGAUUAAGCUAGCGAGAGAGAAACAUGGCGAAAUUAGCGAGGAAUCAAUCAAGAUACUUGGCUCAUUGUAUCAAAACUCAUACGCAGACCUUUUCAACAGCAGUGAUGAGCUUAAUGAAACACAAACCAUUGUGAAGCAGAUUCCUUCUCAGAUCUUGAACCUGUUCUACAUCAAUAAUAAGAACAUCAAUUAUCUUGUUGAUACAACUCUUCUAGGAAGUAUCUUACCACAAGAGCUCGACGACAGUACAAGAAUCGAAAGAGUGUUAAAUGUUGUUGGUGAUCUUGAUGACCGAGCAAGAAGUGCAUUUAUUGCAUUUAAUAAGAGGCAGCAACAACUAUCAAACGUGCUUGCAAAGUUCAUUGAGUUUGCAGAAGCUAACAAUGGAGAAUCACCAAUAAGGGAUAAGGCUCUAGAGUCGAAAAUUGAUAAAACAAUUGAUUGGCUUGCAGUGGGUCUCAGUGAUAAGUUCAAUCCCCGUGAAUCACUGGAGAGAUUCAUUGUAAUCAACAACAGAAGACUUUACUAUCUCACUAAAAUCUGUAUCUCUCAUGACUCAGAUUAUGCUUCCAUCAUGAACUCUAGUAAGGAGCUUUUUCAGAGAUUAGGUGAUUCAAAGAUCAUCAACAGUAUCAAGACAGAGAGCAAAUUUCCUACUCAAGAUAUUCUCAAUACGUUCAAGACUUUGAUAUUGAGAUCAAGUUUGGUCUUUUUCAACAAGUCCAACAUUGCACCAUUAUUGAAGUUCAGUGCUUAUGAGAAGUUUGCCACAGUUGCACAGCAAUUGAUCAAUGAUAUAUCUGUAAUCACACCAGAUGCCUUCCAAAAUCAGGUAGAGAAAUUGGUGUUGGAGGUGAAAAAUUCCAAACCUGGAACUGAACCACUUCAAGUGAAUACUCUGAGGGCCUUGUAUCACAUUUAUUUCAAACUUCAAGAUGCCUUAGACAAUGACGACAAAGCUUUCUUCCGCAAGCUCAUGGAAUUCGCCCAGAAGGGAUCUCCAUUGGAAGCACGGUACUCAGUGAAAAUUAUUUCCCUAUCAACUAAGAAGGACGUAUUUGAUUAUACGUUGUUUGAGAAUGUAUACCCUCUUGAUGCAAAAGACAAGCAGUUGGCAUCAAAGUUGGCAUCCAUUGCUGAGUUGUUCUUGACAGAUCCCGAUAUUCCAGAGGAGAAAGCCAAUGAUAUGACGUCCUUAUUAAUAAAGGAUAUUCUUUUGAAGAAUAAGUCUAAGGGCAGACCAAGUGACCCAUCUUGGGUUGAGGACUCGGACUUGGAAGCGGGCAAACAUGUCAACCUAUACUUGAAGCUUUUGGCACUGGAAAUUUUCACAAAUAGACUCAUAUCUUUAGACAAGUCGAAAACUGAAACCGAAGAGAACAUCAAAUCUAUCGCAGGAAACGUUCUGAAACUUCUUGUGUCAUUGAUUGGUAAUGGUGGUGAGAUUGUCAAUUCAAAAUCAUCUACUUAUCCGACUCCAAAGUUCUACCAGACAAGAUUAAGGCUUGCUGCAGGAUUGAAUCUACUUCAAUUAGCAAGGAUUCCAAGGUACAACAGGUUGAUGGAUUCAAUGAUGAUUGAACGGGUUAUCCUUUUGAUCCAGGAUGAAAAUGAAAGAAUUCGUUCGAAAUAUAUCCGCACCAUCACAGAUUCCCUUAAGAAGGAGGAGAUUUCACUCAAGUUCUUACCAACCGUCUUUUUCAGUGCAUUCGAGCCCAAUAAGAGCUUGAAGGAAGAAACUAAGACUUGGAUUAGAUCAACAUAUAGUAGAAGACAUCACACUUCAUUCAACGACAUUGUUUUUGAAAAAAGUAUUACAGGUCUGAUCUAUUCAAUUGCACAUCAUGCAGAAUUCAUAGAAUAUAUGGACACAACGCCAGAUGAGGAUGAGGAUGAGGAUGAUCAUAUUGUAAAGGCGUACACAUUUGCCUUGGAGUACAUUACUUUCUUCCUCGACACUGUUGCCAAUGAGAAGAAUGUGUCUUUGAUAUACUACCUAGCUGCCAGGGUCAAGCAAUACAGAGAUAUCUCCUUUACAGAUGAGCAACUCGAGAAUAAUGUUGAUGCUGCUUCUCAUAUCUAUAAAGUUGCUGACUUGACCUUGAUGGCAAUCAAAGAACUGCAAGAUUGUAAAGGCUGGACUCUUCAAACGUAUCCUGGCAAAAUCUUACUUUCAUCAGAGUUGUUCAAGCCAAUGAAGGACGUCGAAGAAGGUCAGGAUAUUGUUUCAACCAGUUUUAUCUCUCACAAUGUUGCUCAAAGAAUGAAGGCUAUUGUCAGACAACGUGUUGCGUCCAUAUCUAACCAAAAGAGAAUCAGAAGCACGGCAUCUUCAGAGUCAGGCCAUGGAACAAAGAAGGUAAGAACUGUAAAGUCAAAGCAAAAAACAUACAAACGCAAGAAGUCAUAUAACGAUUAUGAUGAUGCUGAUGAGAACGAUGAUCUUUCAGAAACCGAUGGAAAGACUGUAAAGGAACCAUUGAGAAAGAGUUUACGUGUUGGACGUAUAAGCUAUGUGAACCAGGUGAAACCGUAUGAAGAAGGCGAGGGAGAAGAUGAUGACGAGGAAGAAGAUACCGAUGACUAA